AUGGCCGAUCCUAUCGAUCUCAACCUGGAUGCGCCCAGUGAUCUCCAAGACAUUCCGGAACUGGCUACUCAAUUGAUCGCGCCUCCCGAAGGGACAUACCCUGAUAAGAAUACCUUACUCGCAGCAGUCCAGGCGCACGGCAAGACCCACGGCUACAAUGUCGUAGUCAAAUCAUCGAGUACACCCACAGAAAAGAAACCAGGUCGAACAGCCAAGGUAUGGCUGCGAUGUGAUCGCGGUGGUCACUAUCGCCCGCGGAAUGGCCUCACGGAGGAAACGCGAAAGCGCCGACGAACUUCGCGACUGAUGGACUGCCCCUUCAUGCUGGUUGCAGCUGGCUCUCCCGGUAUCUGGAGUUUAACCGUCUUGAACCCGACACAUAAUCACGGUCCCAUCAUCGAGAAGCCUCGUCAAGUUCCUCACCAUAAGGUUCGCAAGGGCCAAUUGCCCGCACUUCCAUAUGACUGGCCUCACGAUGCUUCCUUCACCCCAUACACAACUGCGUUAGUCAUCAUUGAUAUGCAGAAAGACUUCUGCGCCCCGGGUGGAUAUAUGGAAUACCAGGGCUAUGACAUAUCCGCCGCCCAGGUUCUCAUCCCUAAACUUCAGCAACUGCUGCAUGCCUUUCGCACGGGAGGUUUUCCGGUCUAUCAUACACGAGAAGGCCAUCGGCCCGAUCUAUCCACACUUUCAAGUCGCGAACGCUAUCGCUCCUGCAAUAAUAGUACCGGUCUAGGAAUUGGGUCCCAAGGUCCAAUGGGCCGUCUACUCAUUCGGGGAGAAUUGGGUCAUGAUACUGUGGAUGAACUAUAUCCACUCCCCAACGAACCCGUCAUCGACAAACCAGGCCGAGGAGCCUUCGCGCAUACAGAUUUCGAACUCAUCCUCCGAAACAAGGGUAUCAAGAACCUCGUCGUCGCAGGCGUUACGACAGAUGUGUGCGUCUCGACAACUAUCCGCGAAGCCAAUGACCGUGGAUUCGACUGUGUGCUCUUGGAGGAUGGGUCCGCGGCCGCGGAGCCGGCCCUCCAUACGGGCACUGUUGAGUCUGUGAAGAUGGAGGGUGGCAUCUUUGGCGCCGUCGCUAAGCUGGAUGAUGUCAUUCACGCCGUUAAUAACUUCAAAGCUAUCACCAUGAAGAAGCUGGCUCCUCAGAUGACGGCUUGA